AUUACUUGUAAACCUCUACAAAAGCCGCACCAGCGCCACCAGCUGCACCUUUCACCUUGAUAUAACAAUCAUGCCAAAAUCAAAGCGAGCAAAGGUCACUACUUUGUCAAAAACUCCUCUUCGCUCCACCAAAGCCUCAAAAGCUUCCCUGGUCAACGAGCUCAGAUCUCAGGUCGACAACUUUCCACAUGUCUGGCUCUUCAGCGUUGGCGAUAUGAGAAACGAAGGACUAAAAGACGUUCGAGGUCAAUGGAGAGGUACAGGUCGGUUUUUUUUUGGAAAAGGAAAGGUCAUGGCAAAGGCUCUGGGGGACUCACCAGAGGAUGAGUACCAGCCCGAUUUACAUCUCCUAGCUCGUUGUAUUCGUGGACCUGUAGGUCUAUUCCUGACGAAUUUUCCCGUCGAUGAGACUCGUGAAUGGUUCGAAACGUGGUCCAAGAAGGAAUAUGCCAGGAUGGGUGCAAAGGCUACUCAAACCAUCACUCUUCCAGCAGGACCCAUAUUGUCCCCUCAUACGGAUCCUCCCACUGGCGAUCCUUUCCCACAUUCUAUGGAGCCUCAACUACGCGCUCUAGGUUUGAGCACGACCUUAGUGCGGGGCGUUCCGUCUUUAAAUCAUGCGCACAUCCUCUGUCAACAGGGGGAAAAAUUAUCCAGUGAACAGUGUCGACUUUUGAAGCUGUUAGGAAUACAGAUGGCCGAAUUCCGGAUUCUUCUGGGUUCUCGAUGGUCCAAGGACGAAGGCUUUGUGUCCGGUCAGGAUCUUCAUAAGGGUACGGAAAGUGAUGAAAUGGAUGAGGACGAUUAAAUCAUAUGUCACCAUACAUGUAAUAUGUAACAUACAUUCUCUGCACUAGUAUCAAUGAAUCUCUUACAAAGCUAC